AUGUCGUACCACUCUGGACGCAUCUCCCCCUUACCACCAGAGAAUGCGCCAGAGAUUCAUUCAACUAUCCUCGAACAACGAUCCUCUCCUUCCCCGCCGAAAGCCUCAUACAAAGAUCAGAAACCGUCGCUGAGUCGCGCCGUCCAGAGCUUGCUCAGCACCCCGCAGUCUGCAAGGGGUGCGGGCACUGUCAGCGGGGCUGUCCUAUCUUCACGAGAUCGUGGCAAUCGAAGCCCAGUCGAACCUCUCAUAUCUUCGCCCCUCCGUAUAAGCUCAUCCGUGAUGUCGUCCGCUCCGAGCUCUCCCGAAAGACACAGGGCCGACCCUGACGAUCCGCCGCGGAGAUUAUCUGACCAAUUUACCAGAGAGACCGACCCGGCAUCUGUUGGGCAGAAGGAUUCAAGGCCGGCGACUGCGCCAACAAGCCCAGAGAAUGCUGUGUCCAAGAAGCAUAAACCACAAGGACGGAGUGCGAUGUCUGCAAUGAUGUCAGGAUUGGAGUCGCGCUUGUUUCCUAAGAGUUUCACUCGUGGCAGAGACUCAAGCCGAAGCUCGAGUCGACGUGGUUCAUCUGUGGACUCUAGGUCUCCUUCUGCGGGGGCGCGGUUUAGUAGAUCACUUUCUCCGGGCACCCGGGUCUCGCAGCUUGGACAGUCUAAGACGCCCGAGGAAAAGCCGACCGAUAUCAAUUACGACUCGGGACAUAGCAAAUCAGAAGAGACUCUAUCCAAGCUAUCUGGCAGUCACAAACUACCAGAUUACGUCAAGCCUGCGGAUGAGGAGCCUGGAGAGCGUCUGGCCAAAGAUGUGUUUGACAGUGACAAGAACUUGAUUGAAAGCAGUGAUGAAGACGACGACGUCUCAAGUGAGGAUGAUAUUCCUGGUGUACAAGUGGUUCACUCGCGCGGUCGUAAGAACAGACCAACAGAUAUCAGUUCUAUCAGUCAUAGUGACUUUCAACCAAAAAACAAGCACCAGGACAGCGAAGAGCAAAAAUCAAAUUCCAAACCCGGCGACAACGGGGGAAUGAAGCCUAGAAAGUCAGCAUUGAAGUCGGUUAUUCACCCUAGGACAAGUUAUGACAUUCCGACGCCGGCUACACAAUCGGUGGCUGGUACACCCUAUGGAUCGGAGGAUGAAGCAGAGCGAGAUGACAUUCACCGUGCACAGCAACUCGGCAUUUCAAUGUCUGCCAUUGACAACCGUGUUCCCAAUCGAUCCAUUCGCACAAUUAUUCGUGGCGACUUUGCGAGUCUCCAAGAAGAGGCCGAUGGCGGGCGCCGUCGCCAACGAAAAUACUUGGUUGCUACUGAUUUGAGUGAAGAAUCGGUCUACGCUUUGGAGUGGACUAUUGGAGCCGUUCUGCGAGACGGUGACACCCUGUAUGCGCUGUACGCGGUGCAUGAAGAUGCCAAUACCCCGUCUGUGCAGGUUGGUGAGGGGGCCAAGGCCAUGCAAGAUGCUGCUGAUGUCGUGGGUACCCAGACAAAGGAAGCUACCCAAAACUCUAGCCGCAAUCUGCUGGGCCGCCUUGGUCCAGGGACCACUAGCAAAUCGAGCUCUGUCGAUGCUCGUGCAUCGCCCCUUGCAGAGGCAGAGCGAGUCAAAGCGGUUGAAGCAGUGUCCAAUACGUGUGUGAAAUUGCUACGAAAGACACUUUUGCAAGUUCGCAUCGCAGUUGAGCUUAUCCACUGUAAAAGCCCCAAGCUUAUGAUCACUGAAGCUAUUGACGAGCUUGAACCUACUCUUGUCAUUGUCGGCGCACGAGGCCAGAGCGCCCUGAAGGGUGUACUUCUCGGUUCAUUCUCCAAUUACCUCCUCUCCAACUCCUCUUCUCCUGUCAUGGUUGCCCGUCGCAAGCUCAAGCGGUACCCUUCAAAGGGUAGAUUUAGCAAGGACCUGCGCCUGUCCAACAACCUCAAAACUCCCAAGAGUCUCACACAAGCCAAGGUUGAGUGA